UCGAGCAGAGUUUUUUUAAAAAAAAAACAUAUCCCGGCGCUGUUUUCAGCGGCAGUCGGUAAAAAUGGUGACUGGAUGCCAAUUUCCGGCGAUCGAAAUCUUUGAUAGAGCUCUUUCAGCCACCGAUUUUGAGUCUCGCGUCGAGCCGAGCAACUUCCCUGCGGUUCUUCGAGGUUGUGUUUGUGACUGGGAUGCUUGUUCUAAGUGGAAUCCUUCGAAUGAUGGGCUCGAUUAUCUGGAGGGACAUGUAGGAUCGGUUGAAGUCGAGGCAAUGUUCUCGAGGGUUGCCCCAGUUUUCUAUGGUGAUAUCAGAAGCCAUGAUAGGGUACCAUUACAAUUCUCAGAAUUUAUCAGAAUCUGCAAGCAACAUAAGAGCAUGAAAGAGGGUGGUUCAGGUGUCGAUAUGAACUCUGGAUCUUUAGAUCAUGAUUCCAUGGCUCUUGGCUUGGAACAUAGUCCCUUGAUGCCUGAGGAUGUUCUACCUGGACAAGUAUACUUAGCACAGGUAGGAAUUCUGAAUGCUGAGAAGGAAGAGAAGGUUCAACUGAAGAUUCUGAGACAAGACGUUUCAACACCCAAAAUUUUGGGAACAAAAUCAUUAUCUUCUAUCAAUUUUUGGAUGAACGCUGCAGAAGCUCGAUCAAGUACCCACUAUGAUCCACAUCAUAACCUUUUAUGCAUAGUCGCAGGGCGCAAAAAGGUUAUCUUAUGGCCCCCAUCUGCCAGCCCCAUGUUAUAUCCAAUGCCUAUAUAUGGAGAAGCCUCAAAUCACAGUUCAGUUGCUCUUGAAAAUCCGAAUUUAUCAAAAUAUCCGAGAGCUAAACAUUCCAUGGAGCAUUCUCAGGAGGUUACUCUUGAUUGCGGUGAUGCACUUUUCAUUCCUGAAGGCUGGUUCCAUCAGGUGGACAGCGAUGAUCUAACCAUUGCAGUCAACUUUUGGUGGCAAUCAAACAUAAUGUCUAACAUGUCUGAACAUAUGGAUUCAUAUUAUCUGCGCCGGAUCAUAAGAAGAUUGAUAGACAGAGAAAUGAAUCUGAUACUUCCUAAGCCACUGACGGAGCAUGGAAGCGGUCAAUCUCACAUCGGACAGGCAGACAAGGGAAGCAGUAAGAACAGUGCAGAAGGCAGGGAACAACAAAGAACUUUGUUGCAUGAACUAGAUCCAUAUUCCCUACAGGCACUUCAUGAGCUUAUUUCCUUGGUCCAUGACCAUGUCAAUGUUGCUGAUCUAAGUCAGACUGUGCAGUCCACUUCAUCGAGUUGCCAUGAGCCAGAUUCAGAGAACAACAAUCAUAAGAUACUGGAAGCUGAAUUAUCCUGUUUAGAAGAUGAUCGGGUUGCCCAUGUUCUUUGGACUCUUGAAGCAUCUAGACUACCGGAUGUUCUCCUUGCAAUGGCUCGUCACUUCCCGAGAACUUUGGAGGGCUUAAUACUUCACAUGCUCUCACCAAUUGCUGCGGAAGUUUUAACACAGAAAUUUGAUGAAAUGGACCAACAGAUUGGUGAAGAAGACAGGAACAAAUUUUAUCGGGAAUUCUACAGUGCCUUUGAUGAUCAAUUUGCUGCAAUGGAUGCAAUCCUAAAUAGGAAAGAAUUAUUUGCAUUUCAGGCCUUCAAGAAUGUGAUGGACAAGUACUUGGGGGUCAACAACAUCAGUUCAUCAUCAAGACCCUAAACAAGUCCGGUGGAACGGAACCCCUCGGAAGUCGUCGGUAACGUUUCAGCUGUCUCGAAACUCAGAACGGUAAGUGGGAGACUGUCGUAGGAGUUGCAGUGUUUUACAUUUGGAACGGAACUUGAUCCGUUUUAGGAGAGUGUUUGAUCUUGAAAAACAUAAAUCAUAAUUCUGUCUUCUCACUGUUAGUGUGAUACUCUUCUGCCCAAAAUCACUUAUACCCUUAUCCCAUUUUAGGGUUUUAGAUUUGACUUUGAUUUGUAGACCAACAUUAUUUGUAAAUCAAGUUCGAGUUUUGCGAUUUCAUGGUUA